AUGGCUUCGAAUUCUUAUACGCAAAAUCAAUCUUGUCAAUGGUGUAAUCAACCAUUAAUUGGUUCACAACAGUUACAAAACUGUACAAGUCAUAUUAUUUGUAAUAAAUGUAAAAUAAAUAAUCGAUCAUGUCAAUCAGCUUGUCCUUGUUGUUGGUAUCUUAAUGGAACAGAAUUUAUUUCUAAGAAUAAUAUUUGUCCUGUUUGUCGCAAUGAUAUAAAAUCCAAUGUUGAAACAUCUUUCUGUUAUCAUCAACAUAAACAUUGUUCACAAUGUUCUUCUUCAGGAUGUAUCUUAUGCAAAUUUAUUGAGUUACGUUCAUGGGUCAAUAUUAGUUUUGAUGAUCUUCCUAUGGAUGUAAAAUCUAUUAUAGUAAUAUGUGAUGCUUGGGAGAAAAAAUUUGAAGAACAACAAUUAUUGAAAUCGAAUAAUUUUAGCAUAUCUUAUGAAAGACAAGAAUCAUCCAUGGAUAUUGAUGAUAGUCAAAUACCAAUACAAAAUUCAAGUUUACAAAAAUCCAAUACACAAACAAUGGAAAGUAUUAAUUGUCCAAUAUGUCUUGAUGAUUUGGGUUCAUUAUAUGCUACACUUCCUGUUUGUCAACAUCGUUUUCAUACUGAUUGUAUUACACAAUGGUUGCAAUCAAGUGGAAAACAAACUUGUCCUACAUGUGGAUAUCUUUAUGGUCCUCAACCUCCUCAUGGUCAAAUGACAGUUGGUUAUAUCUUGACACCUUUACCUGGAUUUCCUAUUGAACAAUGUUCACCAAAUGAAGCACCUACAUUUGAAAUAACUUAUACAAUUCCAUCUGGUAUUCAAGGUCCUUUAAAUCCAUGUCCUGGUCAACCUUAUACAGGAACAGUUCGUAAAGCUUAUUUACCAAAUAAUUCUGAAGGAAAAUAUGUGUUACAAUUAUUACGAAGAGCUUUUGAAGAUCAACACGUAUUUACAAUAGGUAAAUCAACAACAACAGGAACAGAUAAUGUUGUUACAUGGAAUGAUAUUCAUCAUAAGACAAAUAUUACUGGAGGAUCUGAAAAUUUUGGUUAUCCUGAUCCGACAUAUUUAUUACGUGUUCGUCAAGAACUCUCAGACAAAGGAUAUACAUAA